AAUUUACAAGGUUGGCAAACGUUUCUGAACUCGUCGAUUUCAUCAUACUUUUUACUUAAAGCUUUGCUUUAUUAUUAAGAGAUUUCCAUUGUAUGGGUGAAAAAAAGGCAGAAGGAAAACAUCGAACUAUGUACUCAAUCCCCAAAAAAAUUCUGGGCCGUCAUGAAAAGGAACAAUGACAGAUCAAGAAAAUCAAGCUAGUUUUUUAUGUGAGCAUAGAGUUUGAAUCAAGAAAUAUCUUCUGGAACUUCAUUCACCUCAAAUGAAUGGAUAAUGAUAAUAAUUAAGGUGAGUCCCUCCUCAUAAGACACUCGCAUACGACUCGACAAAAAAAUUUGAAAAUUUUCAGGACGCUGGUACUGGAAGAAUACAACCCACAGAUAUUGGAAUGAUAUUUUAUUUAACAUUAGAAAAUAUUUGUCCAUCAGAGAUGUAUAUCUCGGUCAGGGGUGUCAAAUGCUGCGAGAUAAACAGCCUAACAGGGGCCAAAGAUUGCGAAUCUAUGAAACUUCUCGGAGGCGAUCCUGGUAUUCUCUGUGCUGGAAAAACCAAGAACGUCACCCUUAUUUAUCCAAAUCUGUACUUAUAUGGCAGACAAGGCGUGUGCACUGUCCUGGUCGUUUUCAAAGUCGGCUUGGUGACUGAUCAUUUUUUUCACAAGAUCCCUUUCAAUACAAAAGGAAGUUUCCAAGAAUUCUCCAUCAAGAGAUGCCCCUGUUAUACUGCUGAUCUGGAUCCUUUUAGAAAUUGUACCCCUGUCGACUGCCCCAUCAAAUAUUCGGGUCAUAGGAACUAUUUCAAUUCCUUGACCAAAUACUGCGAACCAGUACCUUAUUGUAGAUCUGUGCCUGGUUGUUCGAUGCCCGAAGAGAUGUACGACAUACUGCACAACAGAUGCGUCAACAUACGUUGCACGGUCACCAGGUCCGAUUUGUCGCUGAUCGAGGAUCGUCGGAUACCGUCCUGUCCGGUCCCGUACAUACUGGGCAACAUGAUAUGCCAUCACGGAUGCGUUGAUAAGAAAACAGGGGAAUGUAUCUGCUUCGAUAAAUGGCUGUCGACGGUCAGCAACGAACCGGAAUUCGUGCCCAGUCUGAUAUCAUCGCAUAUGUGCAACAUCAGGACCGGAAGCUGGACGGAACUCAAUAAGGACAAAUUGCUGUUGACCAUCCUCGUGAUGGUGGUGAUGACUUCCCUGUGUGUACUGAAACUCUUCUUCCUAAUCUGCAUACUGCACUUCUGCUACAAAUGGGCCAGGUCGAGGGCAAAGGGCGAGAAGAAAUCGAUGACCCAGUUCGGAUUCUGCAAGGGAUACGGCACAACCUGCUCGGAGGCAUGUAGCGGAUACAGCAAACCCAGCACCAAGUCCAAGUCCAAGAAGUCAAGCUUGAAAUCACGUUGUCGAAGUAAAGAUAGAAGCGAACGAAACACAUGCGUUCAGAACAUCUUCGAAAUGCCGCCCCGUAAAGAGCUCUGCUGCAGAUCUCAAGGGGCUCUGGCCAAGGCUAGGCUGUCUGAUAAAUGUUUACAAUUAGAAAUCGCCCAUACCUGUCCUGACGUCGGCGUUAUUGCAACAGUGGCGUGCGCCUGUAAAGAACAAACCACCGAACAUCCCACCGUGAAGACUGCUUCAGUUCAGACUGUACCUUCGAGCAAAUCCAAUUCCAAGGAGUCGUUGCUGAGCGACGAAUCGGGCUCUGAGACGUCUUCGAGCAUCUGCAGUUGUGAGUCGACGGACGAGAGCGUGAAGAAGUAUAGGAACGACACGAAUACGUAUUUCACCACCACGUACACUGGAUUUCAUUCGACCACUUGUAAGUCGAAGGCUUCGUCCUCCGGAGGUAACGAGACAACCACACAGACCAUCUCGAAUUUCUCCAUCAACAUGGAGUACGAUUCUGAAGAUCUGGAGUUGGAGUGCUCUUCGUCGAGUGAAAAGUGAUGUUCUUGUAAUUGCGGUUAUUAAGCAAGUGAAAAAGUUGGAGUAAGAUGUACUAUAUAGCCUUUUGUACCGAGAGAAGUAGGCCAAAAUUGAUUUUUGGCGUUUUCAAUGUGAGAAUCACCAAAAAGUGUGUUCACGGUGAAUUGGUUUUACUCCAGAGUAAGACGAAAAGAGGAAACAUGAUUGAGAAUGCUGAAAAUUGAUUUUGGAUAGGUGUAAAAGAGCUAUUAUUUAUUUUUUAAGUGACCAAUGUAAUUUGUUAACUAACUGUGAGAAAUAAAAAGUGAAACCAUU